UUGAUCUUGACCUUGGAGUUUGACCCACAUAGUAAAAACGUUUACCUUCAACUUUCAAGUGAUCAAAAUGUUAUUACAUAAAAAAAUAUCUUGUCUCAAUGAAUAUACAUGUGAUAUAUAAAAGCCCAAACGCCAACUGUUCAAAAGUUAAGGCUAAUUAGGUUAAAGUUUUUAAAAAGGUAAGUCAAACUCCAAAUAUAAAAUUAUUUAUCUAUUUUUUGUAACAGUUUCAUUGAUAAACAAUCAUAAAUUAAAUCUUAAAAUACGAAAAGUUUUAAUACGAACGAAUUUAAGCAAUAUUGCAUGAUUCUCGUAUUUAUGUUUUAAAAAAAACAAUAAAGCGAUUCAAAUAACUCUUCAGUGAAAAGUAUAAUAACCUCAUUCAUUAAUGAUAAAUCCUUUUUAAAUUGCUUUUUUGCAAUUGAUCAUGAUUAUCAGUACAUAUUUCAAUUCACCUUUUUAACAAUCUGAAAGCAGGAAAUCUAUCAUACUGACGUAAAUCUUAUUCCGAAAUUUUAUAUCAAGAGAAAAUGCCGAUGUUACUAGGAAAUUACUUACGACUAUGCGUGUCAGAGUCGUACAUAUAUAAUGACUAUGUUUUAUUUGAUAAACAUUUAGACUAGACAAUCUUAUUGAAAUUGAUAAGCGAUAAAACGGGUUAUAUUUAUCUUUUAAGUUUUGUUGAAGCACGGAAGUACUUUAUUUUUAACAUAUGGAAACGAAACAAAAUUAUGUGGAUGGUAAAAUUUGUAUCUUUUAUGUACAUUUUUGUUUAUACUUGUACUCCGACCGAUCCCUCUGUAAAAUACGUUCAUAUUGGAUAUGACAUGGACUGGAGCACUGCAGAUAAAAGUUGUGGAAAAUUAAAUGGGGCACUGAUCAGGAUAACAGAUAUAGAAGCCAUUGUCAAUAUUACAGGGGAGGGAAUUUUAAAAACAAUUUCUCCAUUUUGGUCAUCUAUCACUGGAUCAUUUUCUCCAUGGAUAGCGUAUAGAGGAUGUUAUCCACAAUCAGGGAUAGGCAUAAACAUAUCGAAAUGGACCCUAAACAGUGUUGGGAAUUGUUUCUUCCAGUGCAAGAAUCAAUCGCCAAACCCCGAUUGUACUUAUUUUGCACUUGGGGGAGAUACAUGUUACUGUUUAUGCAGUUUGCCAAAAGUUGACCUGGCAGAUAGCAAAUAUUGCAAUAUAAUAUGUAAUAAUUCCAUAGAUGAUGGAUUCUGCGGAGGGAAUGGAUAUGUCACUUUGUAUGAAGCAAACAGUUAUAACGGUACAGGUGAUGGGUUUUGUAUGGCAUACGAUUGUAGUGGUGAAGAAUUCCGAUCUUUUGGGCACGAUUGUAAUGAACGAUAUGAAGGAUAUUGUGUUAACCAUUCGAAUUAUUUACUUAAACAAGAAGCAACAACGUGGAAUAGUUACUCAAUGAUGUGCAAAAACCUAAACCAUUUUUUAGCGGCCAGUAUAACUAAAAAUUCCGAUUGUAUGGGUUAUAUUUGGAUUGGAAUAAGGAGAUACGAGAUACAUCAAAGCAACGAAGGAAAGUUUCGCAAUGGUUGUUAUAAAAUCAAAAAGGGUUUUCGCACGUGGUUAUAUGAGAAAAGUGAUUGCUCCGAAAAACUUUCUUUCAUCUGUAAAGUUUCGGAUCAAAUUCAUAAUUCUAGCAUUUCUCCAACUCUUCCUCAUUCCACGGAGACAGUCACAACAAAAGUCUCCGUAAACAUUAACGACUCAAAUAAUUCUAGCAUUUCUCCAACUCUUCUUCAUUCCACGGAGACAGUCACAACAAAAGUCUCCGUAAACAUUAACGACUCAAAUAAUUCUAGCAUUUCUCCAACUCUUCCUCAUUCCACGGAGACAGUCACAACAAAAGUCUCCGUAAACAUUAACGACUCAAAUACUUUAAGUUUAGUUACUGGGACCGUCUCUGGAAUUAUCGGACUACUUAUAGUUAUCGUAGUCACUGUCGUUUUUGUUCGAAGAAAGCAAGGGACCCUGAGCAAAGGAACCAAACAUGUGCAAAAUGCUAUUUACGAAUUACAAAAUUCAAAUAAGGUACUUGAAAGAGACGAAGACAUUAUCUAUAUGAAUACCAUUAAUGAAGGAAGGAAUAACAACCAACUGCAACCUUCGCCAAACACAAAUGAAAUAUAUGUGGAAAAAGAAGAAGGAGAAUACGACCAUUUGCGUACUUCACGCACCAAACAGAAUAUAACAAAUGAGGAUCCCUUCUACGAAAACACCUACUCCACAACUACAAGAGAAGAUAUCACAUAUGGAGCACACUAUGAUAGCAUGAACUCUUCAGGAGAAAGUAAUUAUAAUUACUCAAAAGACAUUAAACAAGCCAAUGUCUAUGGAUCGCACUAUGAUUAUUUGAACUCUUCAGAGGAAAAUCAAUAUGACUCGAGUUAUAUAAAUCACAAGAAAGGUUUUGUUUCAGAUUAUUCGUCUUUAGAGGAGAAUACCUAUGAUAGAAGUAAUAGUGCAUGUUAGAAUACCAUUCACAAAUAUCUCCUUAUGACACAAUAUUCCUCGUAUAAGAGAACUACAAUAAACAUUUCUUUUUGAAAAAUAUUGCAUCAGUUUCUUAACACCCCUUAUGAUGCAAAAGAUUUUACAUGUUUUAUAUAAGUUUUUUUCUGGUCUCUUCUGACCCAAUGAUGAUUUGUAAUUUUUGCUUCACGCCAUUUACUUAAAUAUAUGGCAUUUCAUACUUUCGAUGCUGUAGUUAUUUUAGUCCAUCAAUAAAACCUAGUCCAGUCGCCUUGGCUUCGGGUUAUAAAAGACACACAAAGGAGCAUAAACUGCAUUGGUUGUAAUUUAGGGCUAGGGUCGAUCUACCACGGAGAUGAGCAUGAAAAUUUUAACUACCUCUUUUCUCUAUAAUUCCUCUGUAAUUCAGCGGAAGAUACAUAUGCCCUAAGUUCAAUUGAUCAAUUGUAAUCAGUCAACACAUACAAGACCAGCAAGAUAAGCAAAAAUCACAUGCUACCCAUAAAGAGUAGAACAUUUAUUAGGUAUAUAUACAAUAGUGUAUAUUCUGACUUAUGUGAAUAGUGCCAAACUUAAUUCAGUAGGCCCUAACAUAGUUUACUUU